UUUAGGCUUAACUCCCAUAGAAUCACUGAAUUCUUGACUAAAGCUGUGGUUGAAUUAGUGCUGAAGAUUACAAAGAUUUUUAUUUUAUAGAAAAAAAUUGAUAUCAGCCAAGACAUUCAGGAGUGGUGAGAAUUCCAAAGGCCCAGAACCGUCUGUCCUAUAAGUGCUAUGAUAAGACUCUGUUAUGUUAGUGAAAAAUUAGAUUUAGCAAUGAAGCUGUCCAUAUGUGCUGUUGGUUUUUCUGGAGAUCAACUCUCUGCUGUUGCAGCCCAGGACAAUGGGCCUUUGAAAAUCAUUGGACUUUUAAAAUCCUUUAACUCUGCUAAUUGUUCACUUUGAACAAAUAAUGUCAUUCUUCUGGGGCACUUUUGAAAAGGAGGAGCAGUGUUGAGCACACAACACAGAAGUUUAGGAAAUGAAGUAAAUCAGAAAUAACUGAGUGUAAAUGAGACACCUGAUGCUUUUCUGUCCUUCCUUUCAUGCCAUAAAGUGUGUUUGCAAGCAAUCUCCACUCUGUCUCAGGCCUGGAAAGUUAAAGGAAUUCUUUUUUUCACUUACUGGCAUUCAGGGUUUCAGCUUACCAGUGUCAGCAUCAAGGCCAGCUGCCUCCUCGACCUCACGUAGAUGGGUGCUGUGCUGCUGAGCUUUUUGUCCUUGGACACUAAAGGACUUCUGUCAGAAAGUCGGGCUGGAGGAGGACUCAGAAACAGUCCUUGGCUCCAGGAGUCUUGUUCCUCCUCACUGCCAGUUUUUCAGAACUUGGGAAGAAUUCUCACAAAUGGAAUAUCAGGAAGAGGCGAGAGCGGGGAGAGCGGUGUGGACUUGAAGCUCAAACUUUCUCAUGGUUCAGCAAAUGAAAUAAUUCACUUCCUGCGUGGUGCAGAGUCUCAUCAUGUCCCAAGUGUUCCGUUCUAUUUGCUGAACCAUGAGAAAGUUUGGCCUUUUUCAAAAAGAAAGUCCGCUGAACACGUUAUGCAGGUGUGGUCAACUAUCUGCUUAGGACGAGGAUUUGUAAGAGAAAGGAAAAGGUAGUAUUAGCCUGAUCAAUUUGUUUCCGAUUCCUAUGAAAUCCACGUUGGGAUUUAAAUGUCCAGGCUUCUUCCUCUGGGUGAGGGCCCACCAAACGCUUUCCCUAUGUGUCUGAAGCAAGAGGUGUUUUCUGGGGUACUUAUUGUUUCCCUCGUCCAUUUAUGGGCUUCCAUAUCUGGGGAGGUGUCUUGGGGAGGGCUAGAUUAUCCUAGGGGGUCCCAACUCACUUUCUCUGUCCUCCACCAGAGUGCUGACCACUGCUGAGAAAGUCAGUUUGGGUCUGGAGGGAGCCCAGUUGUAUCUGGAAACUCCAGCAGCAGAGGGCCACAAGGCGGCGACUGUGAGCUUUGGGGCACUGUGCAGACCCGGAGACUGAUGUCUGGGGAUGCCUCCAGAAGCUUGGGGAGAGGCAGCUGUCCCCCAGGACCAGUCCCAGAGGGCGUGAUCCGCAUCUACAGCAUGAGGUUCUGCCCCUACUCUCACAGGGCACGCCUGGUCCUCAAGGCCAAAGGCAUCAGGCACGAAGUUAUCAACAUUAACCUGAAAAACAAACCUGAGUGGUACUAUACAAAACAUCCUUUUGGCCAGAUUCCUGUCCUGGAGAACAGCCAGUGUCAACUUAUCUAUGAAUCCGUCAUCGCUUGCGAGUACCUGGAUGACAUCUAUCCAGGAAGGAAGCUGUUUCCAUAUGACCCUUAUGAACGAGCUCGCCAGAAGAUGUUACUGGAGCUAUUUUGUAAGGUCCCACACUUAACCAAGGAAUGUCUAGUAGCGCUGAGAUGCGGGAGAGACUGUGCAGACCUGAAGACUGCCCUCCGUCAGGAGUUCUGCAACCUGGAAGAGAUUCUCGAAUAUCAGAACACUACGUUCUUUGGUGGAGACCGUAUAUCCAUGAUUGAUUACCUCUUCUGGCCCUGGUUUGAGCGGCUGGAUGUAUAUGGACUAUCUGACUGCGUGAAUCACACCCCGAUGCUGAGGCUCUGGAUAGCCGCCAUGAAGCAGGACCCCGCGGUCUGUGCCCUGCUCAUUGAUAAGAACAUGUUCCUGGGCUUCCUGAAUCUCUAUUUUCAGAACAACCCUGCUGCUUUUGACUUUGGGCUGUGUGUCCCAGCCAUUCGGUAAUCACUGCAUUGCCCAGGAUUCUCAGUGUAUCAGAUUCUGCGUCAUGGGUUGUCUUGGGGGUCAGUGUGUUUCUGUUCUUUUUUUUCCUUUGAGGUCCUUCAUAAACACGGAAGUGUAAAAUAUAGUCUAAUCGUCA